UAUCUGUUAAUAUUAGAUGACACAUAAUUAAGAUAUUAAAUUUUUAUUAUAUAUUAUUCUGAAAGAUUUACUAAAAUGUUAAUACCUACUUGUAUAAUCAAAUUGUUUGAAUUGAUGUUAGCAAUAGCCUGCCUUACUUUACACCACUAUAGCUUCGACCUUACUGAUAUUCCUACAUUAAUGUUAUGUUCAGGGACGUACGUAGGGUACAUCAUCGUGCUCUCGGGGGAAAUUGUUGGUGAGGCGAUAUCUGCGGCAGCUGACCCUUACAUCGACGCGUGGUGGUCAGCUGCCGGCGCCGUAUUGUAUGGGGCUUGCGGUGGCCUAACACUGCAAUGGUGGCGAGAUGUGCCGUACUGUCUCCGUCGAAGCCAGGCCCAUGCGACUGCUGUUUGUGCAUUAGCAUUAGCAGCCCUACUCCUUUUAGAUUCGCUGUUAGCCUUAUGUUCUUCGCACGGCGACCAGGACAGCGUACACUCUAAGUCUACAAAACGAUGUAGUCCAUAAAUUAUUGUACAAAUACAUAUUCAGAUAAUAUCUA